AUGGCGGCAGCGGGUCCAGGGAGCCCAACCUCCGCCUUACGGCUUCAGAAAGCGCUGGAGCGACCACCGCGGGAUGAUAGCAGCGGUGACUCUCAGCGAAGGCUCUCUGUGUCCAUGCUGGGGUGCCCUCAUGUGCUCACCCUGUGCCUUUCUCCAUAUUCAGGUUACGGAGUCUACGUCUAUGCCAAUUCUUUCUUUCGAUAUGAAGGAGAAUGGAAAGAAGGAAAGAAACAUGGUCAUGGGAAACUGCUGUUUAAAGACGGAAGUUACUACGAAGGUGACUUUGUGGACGGAGAGAUCACGGGAAAAGGGCGCCGUCACUGGGCCUUAUCAGGGAACACCUACUCCGGACAGUUCGUGCUGGGCGAGCCCCAUGGACAGGGCGUCAUGCAGUAUGGAGCUGGCGGGCGCUAUGAAGGGGCCUUCUCACACGGUACCAGAGAAGGACACGGGCUCCUGGUGGACCAGGAAGGGCAGGUGUACCAGGGUUCCUUUCACAACCACAAGAGGCAUGGGCACGGGCAGAUGCUCUUCAGGAACGGUGACCAGUAUGAAGGCGACUGGGUCCUAGACCAGCGUCAGGGACACGGGGUGCUCUCCUGCACUGAUGGCUCGACAUAUGAGGGACAGUGGUACAGUGACGUGUUCAGUGGACAGGGCCGAGUGGCCCACUGCUCGGGGGUCGUGUACGAUGGGAUGUGGAUCAACGGCCAUCCAGUGGCACAGGCCACGAAGAUCAUGAUUGAAGGCCCAGAGGUGGUGGACCUGGUCCAAGGAGCCAUGCUCAUGUUGAACGUCCAGCUGCAUCAGGAAGAUGGCAAGUUGGCCAAGGGUGAGAGGGGCCGGAUCCUGAGGAUCUCUGCAGGUGUCCGAUAUGUGCAGCUCCCGAUCUACUCCGACAUCAGCUUCUUCAAGGUGGACGCAGGUGACAAAGAGACUCCUAUCCUGACACCAUUUGGAUUCGAGUGUAUCUCCUACCCUCUGUGGAGCCCCAAGUCCAUGUCUGAAGGACUGGAAUCCAGGGCCAUGGCAGAAAGUGCCAGAACCGACUCACCACACCCUACAGCUGAGGUGGAGCCAGCAACAAUGCCAGCCUGGGGCACCCUGCAGGGCCAGGGAGAGGACCCCUGCAUCCUGCCCGGUGGGGGGCAGGACCUUCUGGGUUCCCAGUUCUGCCGGCGGGUGGAGCAAGGCUGUACAGUGUUCACUGACAUUCUGCUCGCACCCCCUCCACCCCAGUACCAACCGGUCCUCUUCCAGGACAGCGAGCAGCCUCAGGAGGGCCACCUGGCAGACCUAGCACCAGGCCCUGGGUGCCGCUGGGAGAGCUCCGUAGAAGGGCUGGGUGCCUCAGCGCUGCUCAUCCUCUGUGAGGUGCAGCGGGUCCACAACCGGGCCCCCAGCCCCUGGGAAUCAGAAAGCUCGGUGGGUGUUGGCUGGGAUAGUGCACCCUACCGGACCCAGCCUCCUUGUCUCCCAAACCAACUCUGUGGGCAUCCGCAGCAGAAAAGGGCCCUGCAGGGAGCUGAGGUGGGGCAGGACGACCCGUCCCGAAGCAGUGCCAAGGGCCUGACAGGCCGAGGAAUGGGCGCCCCUUGCCAGCCCCCAGCCCAGGCCCCCAGCACUAUGACUGCAUCUGCAGGCACUGACUCGGCCCAGUACGUUCCUGCAUCCGCCCCAGGGCCCACUUUUGCCUCGCGCCAGGAAUGCUUGGUCGUGCACAGCGCCCUCCGACGGCCGAGGGAGUAUGUGAUCAUGAUCCACGACGUGACCACCCCUCCAUUCCUGGGCCGCCCACUGCCCACUGCCUUCAAGCACCUGCGCGUCUUGGCAAAGGGCACCAGUCCGCAGCCCCACCUUCCUGGAGGUGUCCUGGAAGCCUCGAACUAG